AUGUCUUUACGGACGUCCGUUGCGCUCUUUUGCCUGACUUUGCUCGUUGUUAUCGAAGAUGUGAAACCAUCGUCAUGCGCUUUCUACUGCUUCGUCGUUCCAUCAAGGAAGGACACCUUCGACAUCGCGCCUUUCCACAAUUUGUCGUGCACCCACUUUGUCUAUGGAUUUUCUCGUAUACGACCCGACAUGUCGCUACGUUCUAUCACGUCCCGAGACAAUCUGGAGAUAAUGAGUCCCGGAAACUUACGCAAAUUCUUAGGGCUAAGGAAUACACAUCCACAUGCCACACUACUCUUGGGAGUGCAGAUGACGGCAAAUGACGUCUUUCAAGAUGUUCGCCACGCUAGACGGACAGCGGAGCUCAUAACCUACUCGGCUACAAAGAGGCAUUUUGAUGGCGUGUUCCUUCGCAUGGAAGGGCCACCUCUCGAGUCAUCCACUUCACAGCACUUCCUUUCUGCCUUGUCAUUGACCCAAUCAGGAGCGCCCUCUCAGACGACGUUGGCGAUUUCUCCUCGAUGGAUGUUACGGGUCAUAAACCGACUUUAUGAAUUUGCCGACUAUGUUGAGCACAUAUACCUUGACAUGGAAGAACUACCAUCCUCUGAAGAUCCCUAUUCGGUGCGCCAUGUGGAUCCCCUCAUGCCGUCCGACUCGAUUCCGCUGGAGGAUACGAUCAGUGGAUCAGUUGACAAGAUGCUGAGCAGCGGAGUACCAGCUGAAAAAAUCGUCGUCGGAUUGACUAGUGGAGGACAAUCGUACAGGGUUCGUAAUCCCAGGACUACCAAUCAUGGCGAUAUUGCGAUGCAGGAAGGAGUUCGUCGGCGUCUGCAGGAUAUUUGCCUCCUGACCAGAACUUCACUCGACGCCAAAGCGGCAUGCACAGUGAUCGAGGGCAGAUUCAGUUGGACAUCAGCUAACUUCCCCAAGGAGCAGUCACUUGGAAAAAAGAUCCAAUGGAUUACACAAGAAGGGCUUGGCGGAGUUGGAAUCUCUUCUUUACAAGAUGACGAUCCCAAGGGAAAAUGUGGAGCCGGCUCAUAUCCUUCUCACACCAUGAUCGGCAAGAUGCUGAAAUGCCGAGUGAGAGAGUACCAACGACGUCCACCGAUCCAGUGCACACGUUUAUGCUAUCUAAACGAAGGAGCUGAGGAAUUCGAUCUCAACUUGUUGCUUCCGCACUGGUGCAGCCAUUUUAUCGUUGGUCCCGCUGACAUUCAGUUGAACGACAACGUCGAAGUACCUCCGGCCGUUCCAAAACUUAUGGCUCGCAUCAAUCAAUGGAUGCAGGAUUCUGAAGGGAAGCCUGCAAAAAUUAUUUUAUCGAUUGGUGAACGUCAGUCGAACGACAUCUGGCGGAUGGAACUCGGUUCGAUAAUCAAACGCAAGCAUCUUAUCAACAACAUCAAGAAUUUGGUGCGUUCGUUAGACGUUUCUGGCAUUGAAAUCUCAUGGACACUCGGCCAACUCGACGCAGUCCUGGAUCCCACAUUUCUGUCACAAUUUCUCGCCGAUUUGAGGACAGUUCUACCAAAGAACAUCCACAUUUUCUUGUCCGUGAAUCCAUUGAGCAGCUUCAGUGGUCGCUACGACAUCGACGUAAUCGCAAAUGUAACGAACCUGAUCAUUCUGCAAACUCAUCGUCUACAGUCUUCUCGCGCAACACUCACUGAACAUCAUUCACCGAUGUUCCCCAGCGUGGGAUUGCAAGACGCCAGAAUGACUGUCGAAUCGUUUGUGAAGGACAUGGUAUCCCGAGGUGUGCCCAGGAAGAAAAUUAUUGUAUCGGUCACUUCCGCUCCGACAUCGACAACACUGAAGGACAAAUGGGAUGGCUCUGGCGAAGUGUUCGGACGACCAAUAGACUCGCUUGCUUCGUCGACACUAUUAAAUAGGAUCACUUCACAAACAGAGAUCUGUCGUGCAUUGGAGAACAACAACACAGUUUUCCGUUGGGUGGAAGGCAGCGGUGUUCCCGUCCUUGUCCGUAGCAACGAGUUCGUCGCUUAUGACAAUGAGAAGAGUGCAAAGAUAAAGACUACCUGGAGCUCAUUGAACAACCUGGGCGGUAUGGCUAUUCAUGGUCUACCGCUUGACAACCCUAAUGGAGAGUGCCCUGAACGACCUUUUCCUAUACUGCAGAGCAUCGUAGACACUCAGGUAUGCUCGCUGUGUGCAGCAAAGGCGGAAAAAUCGAACUGUUCGUCGUCCUCGUUCCAGACCGUGUGCAACUACCGUCUUCCGGAGCCAGAUGAAGCACAACGACUUGCUCCUGCAAAUAUUCCAUUCGAGCGAUGUUCUGGUGUGGUGAUCGAGCAUGCGAUGAUCGACGCAAACUCUUCAAUUCAUUUCGUUUCUAAGAAGCAGGAACAAGUCGUAAAGGAACUGAAGAAAUUCCGUUCCCGAGCGAAGAGUUUUGUGAUCUCCCUCCGAUGUUCAAUGCAGGAAAAGGAGUUCGCACAGCUGAUGCAAAGUGCAGCAAAACGUCUGAAGCUGGCAACAUCCAUACGGUCAUUCGUCGAUGGACUGUCGUUCAACGGAGUCGAACUGCGAUGUGCAGACCUGCUCUCGAAGACCACGAAAAUCCAAUUCGCUCAUUUUCUGCGCAUCCUCAAUAAAGAAAUGAAAGCAAAAAAGAGUGACGGCUGUGGAAAUACCGUGAGCUUACGCCUUUCCGCGUGGCAAUCAGACCUCCGUUCCAUCUAUGACAUCGUAGUGCUGAACUCUCUGAAUCAAAUCGUCGUCGAGCCAUUCACCGUCCCUCUCCUACCCGACACCGCUUUUGUCCACUCGCCUUUGUUCCCCAUUAGCAAUCACUCAUCCAUCACUUCUAUUGAUGUCAUUAUUCGGCGAUGGGAAAGCUCGGGUCUGGAUCGAUCAAAGAUUUUACUGCAAAUCCCAUCCUAUGGUAUGGAACAACUGCUGGUGAACAGAUCAGACGUGGGGAUUGGAAGGCCUACGGAGAAAGAAUAUGCCGUCAUAGGUCAAGCAGAGCUGUGUCAACGUCUUAAAUAUGCGGGAACGGUUCGAGAAACUCACUGGGAUUCAAUGAGCGUAAACGCUUGGACGACUGGAGGAAGAUGGAUCAGCAUUGAUGACCAGCAAACUGUCAAAUACAAGAUGCGAUAUGCCCUACGAGAAGGACUUGCCGGUGUUGGCCUGAUGUCGUUAAACGAAGAUGAUCACAUGGGUACUUGUGGAUCCGGUGCUUUCCCAAUAUUACGAUCGAUUGCUGCAAAAUGUCAUUAA